UCUCUCUCUCUCUCAUGAUCUAUUUAACAUGCGCCCGCCCUUUUGCUUGUUGCCUGCAUAUAAUUCUGUUCCUCGCUACGCUUGCUUCUCCUUUACUUAUUUAGCCAGGCUACCCUCCAUCAUCACCUCCACGACGCCUGCCUCCAUCCUUUCUCAAGCUACUACAAAAGACCACACACAAGCAAGCAAGCAAGCAGAGUCACAUCACACCACUGGCCUGGCUAGCUCCCCACCUCACCUCGGGCAAUUCUCUCUCGCAUAAACUAUUUCUUGGAUCCUCGAGAGAGGAUCUAGAGCAGCAGCAGUGGGAUCUGCGCGCUCACCAGCUAUCAUGGGCCUCGACGCCGCGGAAAUCUCUGAAUUGGCGGCGCUCCGGCCGAUCCACACGGCCGUGAGCGGCGCCCGGGCCACCCAAGUGCCAGGGGCGGUCGACGAUGACGCUGCCGACACCGGCUGCGUCACACCCAAGGCGAGCGGCGGGCGAUCGGCCGCUGCAGGAGGUGCGGACGACGGCGACGACGCUGCCGCCGACAACGGCUGUGUCACGCCGAGGGCGACUGGCUCCCUGGCCAUGCUGCCCAUCGCGCCACUGCUGCAAGACGACGGCGUCGACGCUGGCUUCGCCACGCCGCUGGCCACGGGUGGGGUAAUUGGGCCGCGAGACGGCUGCGCCGCUGCCGGCGACGAGAACAGCUUCACCACGCCGACGACGGCCGACAGCGCGCUGUUGCCGGCCACGGUGUGCCCGCCGGCGCCGCGGAAGUCGGCUCCGGAGCCGACGAGGAAGCGUGCGCCGCUGCAGCAGCGGCUCUUCUACCCGGUGCCGCACGACCUGGUCACCGUGUUCGUGGCCGUGCCGCAGUGCCCGCCGCCCGCCAAGAAGAUGCGGGCGCACGCCGUGGGGCCAUCCGCGCCGCUAGGCACGUAAGCGGGUCAUCUGCGUCUCUCUGUCUCUCGUUCCAGCAAUUCAGCACCCCGCGCAGGGCACAUGCAUGCGUGCGUGCGUGCGUGCAUUGCCUUGGCCGAAGGAACUCUCCAGAGAAGCGGAAGCGAAGUGGAGCUCUCUUUUCUCUCCUCCGCAUGCAGAAUUGCAGGUCGAGCCUGAACAAUCGAAGGAAUUGUACAUACACCGCCGCGCGCCCGCCUGCGCACGCGCGCUCUAUCAUGGCGCAAAUUAAGCAGCUGAUCGUGGAUGGAAAUGGAAUCAUAAAGUUGGGAAUAAUUAGCUCUGCAUGCCAGAAUUAGUCGCUCGUGAGUGGGGCCGCCAGUUGCUCUGUAUUUCCGCCUCAAUCCCCUCGCGGGGAAUUGUGUAAAACUCUACUGUAAUCUCUUGUAAACUCUACUUCCAUUUCGUCUUUUGUACAAGUACUCUACUUGUUUCGCU